AUGGACGAUCUUUACGACGAGUUCGGGAACUACAUUGGGGAGGCUGAAGAGUCUGAAGAGGAGCUCAGACAUGGCGAAUCUCGCCCAGACGCAUACGCCUACGACCUCGAGUCGGAGGAAGAUGAAGAGGCUGGAGAAGGGCCUGCUCAUGAUCAGCAAUUGAUGGAGCUAGAUGAACAAGGUCCUUCGAAUGCGGUCAUCCUACAUGAAGAUAAACAAUAUUACCCAACGGCCCAGCAGGUGUAUGGCGAAGGCGUGGAGACGCUUGUCGAGGAAGAAGAUGCGCAACCGCUGACCCAGCCCAUCAUCGCCCCCGUCCAGCAGAAGAAAUUCGCGGUCCAGGAAGCGGACCUUCCCUCCGUUUUUUAUUCACGCGAAUUUAUGACUGACCUCCUAAAUUUUCCCAACCAAACCCGAAACAUUGCCCUUGCUGGCCACUUGCAUCAUGGAAAAACCGCGUUUAUGGAUACUCUCGUAAUGCAAACGCACGACCUGUCAGAACGGCUGGAUAAAAGGAUUGGCAGGCGGAAAGAUGAGCAACUACGUUAUACGGAUGUCCAUUUUGUCGAGCGGGAACGUGGUUUAUCUAUCAAAUCUGCUCCCAUGAGUUUGGUCUUACAAGGCACGCGCGGGAAAUCACACCUUUUCAAUAUCAUUGACACACCCGGACACGUAAAUUUUGUUGACGAGGUUGCUGCUGCGUUCAGAUUGGUUGACGGCGUUGUCCUGAUAGUUGAUGUUGUUGAAGGGGUGCAGAUCAAUACGGAGCAGAUAAUCAAAUAUGCUGUGCUGGAGGAUUUGCCUCUCACGCUGGUCGUGAACAAGAUGGAUCGACUCAUCCUUGAACUAAAACUUCCCCCCUCGGACGCUUAUUUCAAAUUAAAACACGUCGUCGAAGAAGUGAACACGGUUAUCGAACGGACCUUACCUGGCCAAGGCGAAAAGAGGAGAUUGAGCCCGGAGAAAGGGAAUGUCGCAUUCGCCUGCACCAGCAUGAAUUGGUGCUUUACGUUACAGUCAUUUGCGAAGAUGUAUGCCGACGCCUACAAGGGCAUUGAUAUUGCAGAAUUCGGUGCCCGUCUCUGGGGCGAUAUUUUUUUUAACCCCAAAAGCAGAAAGUUCACCCGCAAGGGCGUUGAAGAGCGCUCGAAACGGACUUUCGUCCAUUUUGUUUUGGAGCCUAUCUACAAGAUCAUUUCUCACACCAUUUCUGAGAGCCCGGAGGACCUAAAAGAGACUCUAGCCACCCUAGGAAUAUUCUUAAAACCUUCCCAGCUGAAAUCGGACGCGAAGAUCCUACUAAAGCUUGUUUGCGAACAAUUCUUCGGGCCUGUUGAUGGAUUCGUUGACAUGGUGGUCCAACACAUCCCCUCACCAAAGGAUAAUGCACAGAAGUUGCUUGAGAAAUACUACACUGGACCUCUGGAUACAAAAGUGGCGGCUUCAAUGUCAACAUGCGACCAAGACGGACCUUUGGUAAUCCAGGUAACAAAACUAUACAGCACUCCUGAUGCAUCCAAGUUCAACGCCUUCGGUAGAGUAAUGAGUGGUGUUGCUCGACCGGGUCAGCAAGUACGGGUUUUGGGAGAGGGCUACGCCAUUGACGACGAGGAAGAUAUGGUCAUUGCCACAAUAGCGGAUACUUGGAUUGCGGAGACCAGAUACAACAUCCCUACAAGCGGUGUCCCUGCCGGAAACUGGGUGCUUUUAUCAGGUGUAGAUAAUUCCAUAGUAAAGACCGCUACACUGGUUCCCCUGAAACUUGAAGAUGAUGAAGACGCUUAUAUCUUCAAGCCGAUAAAGCACAUGACCGAAUCUGUUUUCAAAGUUGCAGUUGAACCCAUCAAUCCCUCCGAACUCCCCAAGAUGCUUGAGGGUCUUCGAAAAAUCAACAAGAGCUAUCCAUUGAUAUCUACCAAGGUCGAGGAAUCAGGUGAGCACAUUGUUCUAGGAACGGGAGAACUUUACAUGGAUUGCGUCCUCCAUGACCUCCGCCACCUUUACGCAGAAAUGGAACUGAAGGUGUCAGAUCCGGUCACUCGCUUCUGCGAGACGGUCGUGGAAACUUCAGCCAUUAUGUGCUACGCCAUAACCCCUAACAAGAAAAACAAAAUCACAAUGAUUGCAGAGCCUCUGGAUGAUGGAAUUGCGGAAGAUAUUGAAAGCGGACGAGUUAGCAUACGCGACCCCAUCCGCAAAGUCGCUCAGUUUUUCGAGCAGAACUACGACUGGGAUAAACUGGCUGCGCGGACCCGACGCGCCGUCUACUCCUCCUUCCUCAUGGCCUCACCCCGUCUCAUGGAGCCCAUAUACACUUGCUCCAUGACAGGGCCCGCUGACUCCGUUGCGGCUAUCUACACCGUCCUUUCUCGAAGGCGCGGCCACGUACUCUCCGAUGGCCCCAUCGCUGGCACCCCACUUUACGCCGUCCGCGGCCUAAUCCCUGUCAUCGACUCAUUCGGCUUUGAGACAGAUCUGCGCAUACACACGCAGGGCCAGGCGAUGGUGAGUCUUGUCUUUGAUAAGUGGAGUGUCGUGCCUGGGGAUCCGUUGGAUAGGGAUGUGAAGCUGCGGCCGUUGGAUAUGGCGAGUGCGAUGGCGACGGCGAGGGAUUUUGUGCUCAAGACUAGGAGGCGCAAGGGGCUAGCGGAGGACGUGAGUGUUAGUAUUUAUGUACAGUACAAUUACGGUGGGGUUUGA